UUCUCAAUCUGCAUGUUCCUGGUGGUCAUUUUGGUCUAUGUCCUUAAUUCAACUUCUUCAUCUUCCACUUCAGCAUCGGUCAACUCCAUAGCCACCAUUGCGUAUGCUGAAACCAGUUCGGACUCUUCCUGGGAUAAAUUCUUGAAGCCCUUAAACAAAUAGCCGCAGAGCUGGGGAAGAAGGACUGGAGGACUUUCCAUGAAGAUUCAUAUUGCACCAAUGACACAAAAAUUGGUCCAACUUACCGCUAUUAUUUAAAAUGCAAUUGUGCAUACCCUGAUGGUGUAUGUCACGUGGUUGGACUGUACGAACCCUAUCUUUAAUUCCCUUCAUGUAUCUUGUUGGUGAAAUUUUUUGGAUAAAUUAAUUUUUCUUAAUACAAAUUUAGUAAAAUUGCAUGUACUUUACUUACAACGUCUCUAACUAAUAGUCUUUUGGACUCAGAAAAUUGCUGAUGUUCUUCGAAACAAAUUAAUGGAUUAUGAUGUCGCAGGUCCAUUACAUCUAUUUGAGAUCUGUGCCUUCUGAAUUUUUUCUAAGCUAAAUGACUUUCAAAGUCGGAUAUAGAACCUGCACCACGGAUCUGACAUCUCCAAGAGUUUCUUAAUUUGAGAACAGUUCCUCAAUUUAUCAUUGAUAUUUCCGUUGUGGCACCUGGUAUUCAAUUUGUUAUCUAUGAUAUCCUCAAGGUUUUUCCUUUUCGAUCCCAUAAUAUCCUGAGUACUCAGCACAGAUGAUAUGCCCCAAGGUGUUUUUAAAAGUGUUCUAGUUUCAUAAUUAUGGUCGAUGAAGAUUGCGUUGAAUUAUAUAUUCUAGGAUGAUUCUUAUAUAUAAUUCUAGCUAGGACAAUAUUAUAUAUCUAUAACAACAUGAUAAAAUUAUGAGUAGACAGAUUACAUUAAUUCUUUGCCUUUAACCAUCCUUGUCAUACAGAUUUCUUACCGGGCAGGAUCUUUCUGGUGUGCUUCCAACAUCCCUGGUAAAGCUGCCUUACAUCACGAUGAUUGAUUUGUCUCGAAACUAUCUUACUGGUACAAUUCCAUCCGAAUGGACUUCUCUAAAGUUGGAACUUCUGUCCACUUCUGUAAACAAGUUAUCGGGAAGAAUUCCAAGCUACCUGGGAAAAAUUACCACUCUUAGACAUUUGAGCAUAGAGAACAAUCAGUUUUCUGGAACUGUUCCCCCUGAGCUUGGGAAGUUGGUGAACUUGGAGAAACUUAUUCUCAAUGCAAACUUCCUCACUGGAGAGUUGCCAGUCAAUCUCACUUGUCUCAUAAACUUAACUGAACUUAGGAUUAGCAGUAACAACUUCAAUGGAAGAAUACCUGAUUUUUUCAGUAGUUGGAAAAAGCUUCAGAAAUUAGAGAUCCAAGCUAGCGGUCUCGCGGGGCCCAUUCCUCCAAGCAUUUCUGUCUUGAGUAAUUUAACUGAGCUAAGAAUUAGUGACUUAAUUGGUGAGGGUUCUAGAUUUCCGAAUUUGACUAACAUGACAUGCAUGAAUAGAUUGAUGUUAAGGAGCUGCAAUCUCUCAGGACAAAUUCCGGGAUACAUAUCAAAAACAAUGCCCCAUCUCCAAACUUUAGAUCUGAGCUUCAAUAGAUUGGAAGGAAAUGCUCCAGAGUUUGAUGAUAGAGCAAAGUUGCAGCGCCUGUUUCUGACAAGCAACUUACUCAACGGGACAGUUCCGGACUGGAUCAAACGAAGAGAUCCUCAUGAUGAUCUAGAUCUUUCUUACAAUAACUUCUUAGAGAGUUCUAUGCCACCAACUUGUCGAGAUACGCUAAAUUUAUUUGAAAGCUUCUCUGGACAGGACUCAUCAGUUGGCGAGUGCCCGAAGAACCAACCUUGUCCAAAAGACUGGAAUUCAGUGCAUAUAAAUUGCGGUGGAAAGGAAGUCAGUAUUGGAAACAUUAAGUACGAAGCAGAUCAGGACGAUGCAGGUGCGGCAAAAUUUUAUCGCGCAGGAGAGAAUUGGGGAUUCAGUUCCACUGGAAAUUUCUGGGAUGUUAACAUCAGCUCGAUUGUAUACAUAGCAAAUAAUGCUUCAAUACUCAGAAUGAACAACCCUGAAUUGUACACAACUGCACGCCUCUCUCCUCUUUCUCUCACGUAUUAUGCGCGUUGCUUGGCAAAUGGAAGAUAUACUGUAACGCUACACUUUGCAGAGAUAAUAAUAAGAGGAGACAGAUCUUUUAGCAGUCUUGGAAGACGGAUAUUUGAUGUUUAUAUCCAGGGAAAAUUGGCGUUGAAGGAUUUUGAUAUCGAAGAUACUGCACGAGGGGUUGACAAACCUUUAGUUCAGAAAGUUAAAGCAGUUGUGAGUAACAAAGUCUUACAUAUCCGCUUUCAUUGGGCUGGCAAAGGGACAACAAAUGCUCCAACAAGAGGAACAUAUGGUCCUCUCAUAUCGGCUAUCUCUAUAGAAAAUGAUAAUCCCCCUGAUAAUGGCAAAACCACAAUAUUCAUUGUGACUGGAGCUUUAGUACCAGCGCUAUUACUCAUUUUUGGCAUUCUUUGGUGGAAAGGCUGCAUAGGAAACAGGAUAUCAAGGGAAAAAGACUUGAGAGGAUUAGAUUUGCAAACAGGUUUUUUCACUUACAGGCAAAUCAAAGCUGCCACUAACAACUUUGAUGAUUCAAACAUGAUUGGGGAAGGUGGUUUUGGAUCUGUAUACAAGGGUAUACUAUUAGAUGGUACCAUAAUUGCAGUUAAGAAACUUUUUUCAAAAUCAAGUCAAGGAAAUCGUGAGUUUGUGAAUGAAAUAGGCAUGAUAUCUACUUUACAGCACCCGAAUGUUGUUAGACUGUAUGGAGGUUGUGCUGAAGGAAAUCAACUCUUCUUGGUAUAUGAAUACAUGGAAAACAAUAGCCUGGCUCGUCCUUUGUUUGGUCUAGAGCAAUUCCAAUUAAAAUUGGACUGGCCUACACGGCAAAAAAUAUGCAUUGGCAUUGCACGAGGCUUGGCUUUCUUGCAUGAGGAAUCAACACUGAAAAUUGUUCACAGAGACAUUAAAACUACAAAUGUGCUAUUGGAUUCGAAGCUUAACCCAAAGAUUUCUGACUUUGGUUUGGCAAAGCUUGAUGAAGAGGAAAAAACCCAUAUCAGCACCCGAGUUGCUGGAACCAUAGGAUACAUGGCACCAGAAUAUGCAUUAUGGGGUUUUUUAACAUAUAAAGCAGAUGUCUACAGUUUUGGGGUUGUCACAUUGGAAAUUGUUGCAGGGAAGAGCAACAUGAAAUUUCGACCAAAUGAAAGUUAUGUAUGUCUUCUUGAUUGGGCUCUUGUUCUACAACAAAAGGGUAAUCUAGUGGAAUUGGUGGAUCCAAAGUUAGGCUCUGAGUUCAAAAUGGAGGAAGCAAUUAGAAUGAUCAAAGUAGCUUUACUAUGUACGAAUCCAUCUCCAGCUCUUAGACCCACAAUGUCUGCAGUAGUAAGCAUGCUUGAAGGCCAAACAACUAUUGAUGAUGUUAUUAUGGAUCCAAGCUUAUAUGGAGACAAAUUCAAAUUUAAUGCUUUAAGAGAGCAGCUUGGUCAGGGCCACCAAGAAUCGAUGCGUUCAAUUGGAGAUGAGAGUCGUGUUCGAUCAUCAAAUGCAACUAAUGCUAGGGGAUCCGGGUAUGACGAUGCUGAGUUGGCAGACUCUUCAUUGAUAGCAUUGGACUACCUCCAGAAGAGAGAUUAGUGCAAAUAUGGUAGGAAAAUGUGAAGAUACCACAGAUUGAGGAAAUAUUGGGCAUGCGUUAGUUUUUUGGCCGUAACUUUAAUUAUGACUAUCAGAAUCUCGCAUAUGACCCCAAUAUGGAAUGAUCCUUUCGGCGUGCACAUUAUGGUUACCAGCUACACUUGGUGGUUCCCAUUUCGACCAUUAAUAAGUCAUUUUCCCCUUUGGAUAUUCGAUUUAAUUUAUUUUUUCCUUUUAUGGUAAUGUUUCACUGUCACUUUUGGGGAUGAUUCCUACUCUAGUUUGGGCCAGAUCUUUUACAAGAUAAUUUUUUUAUUCUGUAUUUUACUUUUAUGCAUUAAUUGGGAAUUAUCCUUUUCAAGCAAAA